AUGACUUUCGUCUUCAAGAAUGGUCGCAUUUUUGCGCCUUCACAUCCAUCGGCCAACGUCGACAAUGAUUUUUCCGGGGGAAUGAUCAUCGAAAAAGACCGCAUCACCCAUGUCGGAUCCCUUGAUGAGUCUCAAAUUCCUCAGGAUGCAGAGGUCAUCGACUUGCAGAACAAGAUUGUCAUUCCUGGAUUUAUCGAUAGCCAUGUGCAUAUUCUGCAAUACGGCCAGUCCUUGUGCAAAGCAGAUCUUAUAAAAUGCACUUCCCUCGAGCAAAUCCAGCAGACUAUCAAGUCCUAUGCUAAAUCUCACCCGACACUGCCGCGAAUUCUGUGUCGCGGAUGGAUUCAGUCAUCCACCAACGGAAUUGCCCUGGCCAGUAUGCUAGACGGCAUCGACCCACGCCCUAUCUAUGUUGAUUCCUUUGAUCUUCAUUCAAUGUGGUGUAAUUCUGCUGCACUGGAAGAGAUGGGGGCCCAUACUGCACCUGACCUUCCCGGUGGCACUAUUCAUCGAGAUGAGACUGGAAGGGCUUCUGGUCUAAUGGACGAGUCUGCACUGAUGAACCUCGCCUGGCCUUAUCUGGAGAGUGUUACGUCAACCGAAGACAAGUUAAGCGCCCUGGACACGGCAGUGAAAGCGUACACCGCUGCCGGCUAUACGGGUCUGGUAGACAUGGCCAUGGACGAGGGUACAUGGGAGAUUUUGAACCUCUAUCGCCGAGACAAAGAUAUCCCAUUCCACAUCGCUGUCCACUGGCUUGUUCCAUUCACCGCCGAUCAACAGGCCAACUUCAAGUAUGUUGACCGGGCUAUUGAGCUUCGCAAGGAGUUUACCCAGCAGGAUUUCUGCAUCGCAGGAAUCAAACUGAUCUGCGAUGGUGUUGUGGACGGUUGCACUGCGGCUCUACGCCAGCCAUACAGCGGUAAAUCCGAUCCCGUCGAGCCCAUUUGGCCUGAAAACAUGUUGCAGGAAGUUGUUCAGCGUGCAGAUACAGCCGGCCUCCAAUGUGCCAUUCACGCUAUCGGCGAUCAAGCUAUUCAUCAGGCAAUCAACGUUCUCUCGAACGUUGGCACGCCGGGUCGGAGACAUAGGAUCGAACAUUUGGAAUUGACCUCUUCGGAAGAUGCCAAACGACUUGGUCAGCUAGGCAUCACGGCAUCUGUUCAACCCGUCCACUCUGAUCCAGCUUUGUUCAAGGCUUGGCCAAGUCUUGUUGGCCCUGAGCGCUGUAAGCGUGCAUUCGCAUACAAGGAGUUCUUAGAUGGAGGGGCGCCUCUUGCAAUCGGAACGGAUGCACCAACAGCGCCGCACUUCCCGCUUCCGAAUCUUUAUAAUGCUACUACUAGGCGAUCUGCUCUCGAGCCAGAAUCAACCAACACUGUCAACCCGCAUUUCGGACUGACACUCGCUGAGGCAGCUACAGCCGCCACGACUGGUGCAGCCUAUGCGCGGUUUGCAGAGUCAUGGACUGGAAGCUUGAAACAAGGGUUAAGCGCGGACUUCUUGGUUGUGGACAUGCAGUGGACCCCGGAAAAGCUGCUGCAGGGGAAGGUAUGCCAAACCUGGUACCAGGGAAGAAAGGUAUUUGAUUUGGAAGCGGAAUCAAACUAG